CCAUAUCAUCCUAUAUCGAGAGAGAGAGAGAGAGAGAGAGAGAGAUUAUAAACCCAUCUCUUCCCUUCCCUAUGUUCCUCAGAGCCAACCCACAUGAGUAGCUCUGUUUCAGGUGCAGAACUAGUGAUCAUGAAGAUGAACGAAAGGAAGAAGAAGAAAAAGGAUAAGAAUAAGAGGCGUUUCAGUGAUGAACAAAUCAAGUCUUUGGAAACCAUAUUUGAAUCUGAGUCAAAGCUUGAGCCCAUGAAGAAACUUCAGCUAGCAAGAGAACUAGGAUUACAUCCUCGCCAGAUUGCCAUAUGGUUCCAGAAUAGAAGAGCUCGAUGGAAAUCAAAACAGCUUGAGCGAGAUUAUAGCUUACUGAGAGACAAUUAUGAUGCUUUAGCUUCCAAAUUCGAGUCUUUGAAGAAAGAAAAGCAGUCCUUAGUAGUACAGUUGCAGAAACUGAACGAACUGCUUGAGAAGCAACAUGGAGGGAGUAGCUGGAGCAGGUUUGAUUUGGGUGGAAACAGUACAGAUGGGGACUCGGAUAAUGGAAACGCAAGACAUGUAGCUGAAGCUAAGUAUGGCCUCCAACUGGAAGAAGAUGAAGGCAAAAUUCCCGAGUGUUUAGGAGAGAAAGAACCUGAACUCAACAUGGUGGAACCCCAAGAUGAUUCAUUGACAUCACCUGAAAAUUGGUGUAGUUUUGAUUCUGGAGAUCUCUUCGGUCAGUCAUCCACUGAAUCAGAAUGGUGGGAUUUCUGGAAUUAAAAUAACCACCCAAGAGGAAACUUGUUCAUAUGUAGUUCAGUUCACAGGACCUGAAAAUGGCAGGAAGAAUUGAGUCCAUGGACCAGCCAAGGAGACAACCCUGUCUUGCUACUGCGGAUCACAGAGUGUUGGCCAAGACCACUGAAUCAGCAAACGUUUUGGAGGCACUGAGUUCCUGAGUAGCUUGGAAGAAAUACAGAUUAGGAGAGGCACAAGGUUCAAAUUUAAAUCAAAGCACUCACCUUUGUUAUGGUCUUAAAGAGCAAAUUGAACCUAGCCACACGAAAACCUCUCCAAUCCAAGACUCUUUUUAAGUCUCAGCCAGAUACUGCUUUUGAAUCAAAAGUGGAAGGACAUUCCCUUAUCCCCCUACUAUAGCUUUCUUCACUUCUGGCUUGUUUCUUUGGUUUGUAUAGUGGUGACCUACAGUUGUAUAUAAACACAUGAACUAUGAAUAAAUGCUAGAGAUAAUAAAGCCUAAA